AUGGGAAUUCUCGGAGAAGGGGUGAGCGUUGUGAUGAGGCCGCUGCUGCACCUCUUGGUGGGGAUGGUGCUGUACGAAGCGGCGGAGGAGAUGGCCGUGCCGGCGCUCGUCGACAAGAUCACCGCCGCGCUCUGCCCCGCCGGCAGCGGGUCGUGCCCGGAGGCCAUCUACCUAACCGGCCUUCAGUCCUCGGUAUCUAUCUAUGACCUAUCCAGCUUUCUGCGUUUCUUCUUUGCACUCUGGUCGUGGCCCGUGGCCGUAGGGGCGAUUUUUAAGAUAAUAGGAUUCCCUCUAAUGGGCCAGCUAGCUGACGAAUAUGGUCGGAAGCCUCUUCUCCUCUUAACUGCCUCCACCUCCAUAAUACCUUUUGCUGUGCUUGCAUGUAAUAAUUCAAGGACUGUUGUGUAUGUCUACCUUAUUCUGCGCACCCUUUCAUUCUUGAUUGGCCAAGGAACAUUGUUCAUCAUUUCAGUUGCAUACACGGCGGAUGUGGUUGAGCCGUCAAAGCGAGCAACUGCAAUUGGCUUCAUAACAGGAAUUAUUUCUGCCUCGAGUGCUUUGGGAGAUGUUUUCUCAAGGUUUCUACCCAAGAAUUGGAUUUUUGAGGUGUCCGUUGUUUUGUUGAUCUGUUCGGUUCUCUAUAUGAAAAUAUAUCUUGUGGAGACACAUCCAAGAGCUCUAGCAUCUUCAUCUUAUCGUCAUUCAUCAUUGUCAUCUUUGGUUACCAGGGUUGCACAACAGCGUUGGGAAUCUAUCAAAGCGAACAUUACUCUAUUCAAAAAUAGUGAAUCACUUAGGCGAAUAGUAUAUGUUGACUUCUUCAAUAAAUUGGGCAUGAGUGGCAUUAUUGAUGUCCGAUUGAUUUUGGUCCUUCCCCUAAUGAGCCACAUUAUUGGUGAAAAAGGAAUCAUAUGCGUCUCAAUCUUGGCAUCCAUUGCCUAUGCUUUGCUUUAUGGUGUUGCGUGGGCUUGGUGGCUUACUUCAUUUCAGAGGAAGCCCCUUUCAAUUGCAAAGGCAACAUCUUUAUGCUUUGCUUGGAUGCUGAAUCCAAAAGACAGGGACAAAUGCACAGAAGUUCCAAGUUCAGACGAGUGUAAUGAGGAAGGACUGCAAGCACCACUAUUGAUUUAG